GUAAAAUCAUCAUCGUCCAUCCGCUCUUGUUUUGGAGUUCCAAAACAUCGGGAUGAAGUUGGUCGGCCAGCACAGUAUUGGUUUUUGCUACUGUAGUGGAAGGAGUUGUGACUUGAAACCAAAAUACAACCCUGACAGAACUCAUACGGCUGGGAGUUGUAGAGAAUGUUUGCUGGAUAUGAGGCACUGGAAGAGUAUGAAGAUGAGCUCUACCGGGAGGCAGAGAACUCCAGUGAGUCGGGGCCAGACAGUGAGGUGGAGUUCCAGCUGUACAGCCAAGUACACUAUUCCAUGAAGCUGGAUGAGCCAGGAUCAGGCGAUAGAGAAAAAGAGAGAAAUCAGCCCUCUGCUGCAACAUUGCUGGAGAAAAGGAAUGAUAUCAUUGUCAUCUCCGAUAGUGAACCCAUCCUUAUUUCAGAUGCUGCGGAGGUCGUCAUAGUAUCGGAUGAGACUGAUCUAGACAGUGUCUGCAAUAUCAAAGGAAAGCAAGGGCCAAUUUCCAAGACUGCCAAGAGGAGGUUGUUGGAUGGGCAGACUCUGCUGGAGUCCAACAGUUGCACUGAGAGGACACCCAGCUCCAAACCCUUAAGGCUGAGAGAUGCCAUCACCAUGAGCACAGGCCUCAAUAGUUUUCGAGAGAGUGUGGCAGUGGAGAAAAGCAAGAAAUACCAGGAUGGGGAAACGUCAGACAGCGAUGAUUCGGACCACGUGGAGAGCUGGAUGAUUCUAGGCAGGGCCAAUCAGGAUGGUGACAACACCAUCCUGCUCAAUCUGGACGGGAGUAGCGCGUCAGAAAACGAAGCAGGGGCAGCUGAUAACACAUGGACCAUCUCAGAGCAGGAUAUUGAGGCCCAGAUUUCAAAUACGGCACGCAGAAUCAAACUCCGUAGCCGUUAUUACACACCAGACAAGAACGUAACCUGUAGAAAUUGUAACAAACAUGGCCAUCUAUCCAAAAACUGCCCUACCCCCAAGAAGGCUCCUGUGUGUAGUAUGUGUGCGGUCAGGGGACACAUGCAGCGCUCCUGUCCGGACAGAUACUGUACAAACUGUUACAUGCCUGGGCAUUGCUACAACAAGUGCAUCGAGAGGGCCUACUGGCACAAACAGUGUCACCGCUGCGGGAUGACUGGCCACUAUGCAGACGCUUGCCCGGAGAUCUGGAGGCAGUAUCACCUAACAACACGGUCGGGACCUCUCAUCAUGCCAGAUGCCAAGAGCGAGAAGAAAACCCGAGUUUACUGCCACAACUGCUCUCGAAAAGGACAUCACGGAUAUGAGUGUUCCCAAAGGCGGAUGUUUAAUGAGACUUUUCCAACUGUCCCAUAUAUAUGCUACUACGAUGCAGAGAAGGACAUCAGAGAAAGAAAUCAUAGAAUUCAAAGAAAAGUAGAAGCGCUUAAAGAGGCUGGCCUUUUAGAUCACAUUAACUUUUCCCACUCUGUGGGAAAAGAGGCACAACCGCCAAAGAAAAUAAGAAAGGUUAAGGAAGAAAGAAGGAAGCGUGGUAGGUCUAAGCCUCAGAAAGAAAAGAAGAAUCUGCCCAUGAAGAAGACCUGGCCUGAGAAGCGCAAAGAACGGAGACUGAAGAGCAAAAAGAAGAAGAGUGUCCAGGUGAUAGAGGAGGACUUUCCGAGAGGCCCUAAAAUGCCCUCUCCAAGGGCACACAGCCAUUCAAAGAAAAAGUUUGCAAGAGCAGCCUUGUUCAGCCACAUGAAGAACCAAGGCGAUGAGUUUAAUGAAAAACACAAGAAGCCCAAGGUAAAAGGAAAGAGGAAGAAAAGGGACAGCUCUCAUGAUGAUAGCUUUGCUGUGGAUGACAGCCUGUUCUUGAUAAAACAGAGAAACAAGAACAGGAAAAGAUAAAAAGAAAGACCGUCCUAUGGAUUUUACCGAAAAGAAUGUAACUAUAAUCCACCCAUGGCACAAAAGGAAUUGACAUCUUCAAAACACUAUUGCUGAUUAUUAAAAGCUAGUAGAGUGAAAAUGUCAAUUUGAUCACAUUUGAGCACUCUUGUUUCCUAGAAAACCAAAUUUUAACAAAAAAAAAGAAAAAUACUGAAAAUUAAACAAUCUGCUUAACCUGUGAUUGUAUUCUAGCACAUUUACAUUCUCCUCUUAUACAUGUGCUUGAAUAAUUAUUUCUGCAUUUUAAAACCAAAAUAAGUGUGUAUUUUAUUUCUUUUGAUUGCUUUCCAAUUCUGCUUCACCUCUUCAACAACUUUGCCUGCUUGCUGGGAAUAAUACACUAAAGAGCCUUUUGGUAACUGCCUUGUGUUGCAUUUAGGUGAAAUUGAGGACUGGAAUUCUGUCCAAAUUAGCAUGAUACUUCUUUCUCUAAAGAGGGCACACAAUAUAAUUUGGAUGACAUUUUUAAAAUUCUAAACACACCAAACUAACAAGAAUGACUCAAAGCAACCCCCCACCUAAACGAUAACAUACAUUUUGGUCAGAUUUGGUCAGUAGCUCUUUAAAGUAUUAUUGCUCAGUUUCUUUUCCUUUUUAAAUGGAGGAGUUGCCCAACAUCACUGCUUAGAGGUGUAGUUGUAGAUGUUAACAGGAUAUAUUGCUCUCCAUUGCUAUGGGUCUCCCUCAGAAGGCUAUAGACUUCCCCAACACUGAAGAGGACAACCAUAACCCCUCCUGUACGCCUGAAAGUCCAGAUUUGUCCAUAUUGACAUUAGUCGGCAUGACUCGCAGAGACUCUGUGUAAGAGCAGUGUUUAGUGAACUGAGCUAGCACAUCUCCAUUUUAUUAUUAUUAUUGUGAAGGAAAUAAAUCUGUCCUGAUAAUAACCAUAACUGAGACCACUGGACUGGAUUUUUAAAAGAAAACAAAAAGUUUACUUUUAUCUGAUUUAAUCUCCAUGUUAAUGGCAAUUUAACAAGUUUGUGUUUUGCUUUACAGAUACCAUCACAGCCUAUAUUAACAGUUUUAGGCUCAGUGACAUUUUGUAAACCUUUUGUUGUGUACAACCAGUAGAUGUUAGUUCAUGAUGGUUCAAUGCUCAAUUUCCUUUUCUUGUCAAGGUGAAUUUGUAUUUGAGGUUCAACUGUAAGAGCUGGUAGCAGCUGUUUUUUUUCUCAAAUGCAUUGCAGACUAAUAAAACUGAAUCCCGUAUGUAA